AUGAAAGCAUUCAUCGUAGUGUGCUUAGCGGCGGUCGCGGCGGCGAUGCCGACGUCCAAAGAAGAUGGGGGCAUGGAGAAGUUCAUCUCGACGCUGAGGGAUUGCGUUGAAACUGACACGAUGCUGUGCCUUAAGGAAAAAGCGAUGAAGUUCACCGAAAACCUUGCUGUAGCCAAGGACCUUAGCCUUGUAGAUGGAAUCACCUUCGCUAGAACCGGUUCUCCACGAUCAGCUCGCAGCUACGACCCCUUGCCUGAUGACCCAAAAACCAGAGAACUCCAAGUAGAAGAGAGGAUCAUGGACAAUGUCCUUGAUUUCCUGGACAGCCAUGCCCUGCAACUGAGAAUGCCAAAAUCCUUCACAGAAGAUAACUCAGUUGAAGAGGAAGGUCGUGGCAAGAAGAAGAAGAAGCUGAAGAAACUCCUUCCCAUCCUCGCCCUCAUCAAAUUGAAGCUUGCUGCACUUGUACCCUUGUUCCUCGGUAUCAUUGCCUUCGCAGUAUUCAAGGCAUACCUUCUAGGAAAGCUCGCUUUCAUCGCAGCAGCAUUCGGAGCCCUGAAGAAGCUUCUAGAAUCUAAAUCAAAGAGCGGCGGUGGUGGCUGGUCUGAGCCAGCUCAUGAAGAACACGGCUGGGACAACGGCGGCGGCUGGGGAAGAUCCCAAGACGCUCAAAGUAUGGCCUACGCCGCACACAUCAAACAGGCGUAA